GCGGGUUCAGUGGGUUCAUUGGGUUCAUUCUUGCCAGCUCGGAUCUGAUCGCCGCCGUUAACGAGCCGCUGCGGCGCGGACAGCGGGCGGAUGAUGGAGCGGGUGCAGAGCGGACACGGACGCACGCUUCAGCUUCCCUUCCGCGGGCAGAAGUGAGCGCAUGAGUCCGAGAAAGAAGCCAUUUGCAGGUGAACGUGAGCCCCGCGCGCGCAGCAGCUGGAAUGGAGAAGCCGCUUUGUUCUGCGGUCUGACGGCGGAACCCGAACCAUGAUGGCCGAUGGAUUCUGCAGGGGCUCGGACAGGAGCAGGGCCAAGCCCCCGGCUGAGCCUCUACCCAGGCAGGGCUACCCCGGGCCGUUCAUGCCGGCUGCGGCGCAGCAGCAGCAGGGGACCGACAUCCAGGAGCUGGCCUCCAAGCGCGUCGACAUCCAGAAGAAGCGCUUCUACCUGGACGUGAAGCAGAGCGUGCGCGGCCGCUUCCUGAAGAUAGCCGAGGUGUGGAUCGGGAGAGGCCGCCACGACAACGUGAGGAAGAGCAAGCUGACGCUGUCCAUGUCCACGGCCCCCGCGCUGCGCUACUGUCUGGGAGACUUCAUCGACUAUUACGCGCGCAUCGGGCUGCGCGGGCUGGCGGAGGAGCACGGGGAGCGCCGGCGGAAGGCGCCGGAGCAGCCCGCGGCGCUGUCCCCCGAGGGCUCCGCGGGCUCCGACGACCACGGACACCGCGUCCUGAAGAGCGAGCUGAUCGAGAGGGACAACAGGAAGUACUUUCUGGACCUGAAGGAGAACCAGCGGGGCCGCUUCCUGCGCAUCCGGCAGACCGUGGGCCGCGGCCACGGAACCAUGGGCUACUACGGCCAGGGCAUCGAGCAGACCAUCGUGCUGCCCGCGCAGGGCCUCAUCGAGUUCAGGGACGCGCUGUCGCAGCUCAUCGAAGACUUCGGCGGCGAGGAGGCGGACGAGCACGGCCGCGCGUCCUCCCGCAGCCGCGCGCACAGCCCUGAGCUCCCGGAGGCAGCGUCCUUCCGCGUGGACAACAAGAGGUUCUACUUCGACGUGGGCUCGAACCGCUACGGCGUGUUCCUGAAAAUCAGCGAGGUGCGACAGCCUUACCGGAACACCAUCACGGUUCCGCUGAAGGCCUGGGCUCGGUUCGGAGAGAACUUCAUCCGCUACGAGGAGGAGAUGCGCCGCAUCUUCUCCUGCAGCAAGGAGGGGGGAGCGGAGGGCCGGCGGGACAGCGCGGAGCACGAGGACUGACGUCAGGCGCGGGCCGCGCGCGCCGCCGCCACAUGCCUUUGCUCCAGAACCGUCCAGGUCCAACCUGCCAAGAAUCACCAUCCGUCCACGGCCUUAACCCUCCGCCCCCUCCAGCUGCUCCAGGUGGGGCUCUGUAAGCCACGCCCCCUCUUUACUUCCUGAACAGAACUUGUGAACUCUAGUCGCGGUUGUCAGUUUUCCUGAAGAAAAAAAAGUUCUGAUGUAAAAGAAGAGAAUCCCAAAAUGAUGAUCCACUCUGAGAGUUUGAAUGGGGGGUUGUGAACCCCUCCCUGGUGUGAGCAUGGGCUGAUUGAACACUGAGGGCAACAACACCUGAGCUGUUACUGUUACUGUGAGGGAGGAAGCAUCACUCAUCGUUCUGGAGUGUUUCUGUUUGUCCU